AUGGACACUGCCAUGGCCUCUGCUGUGCCCCACAAGGAGGAGGCUGCCCAGAGCUCCCUGGAGGAAGAGGAGGCUGCAGUGAAGGAGGUGGCCAAUCUGAGCCUGGUGAGCUCUGCCUGUGGUGUGGUUUCUGCAGCUUAUGCCUCCACCAAGGAGAGGCACCCCUACCUGAGGUCUGUGUGUGAUGCUGCAGAGAGAGGGGUGCAGAGUGUGACCGAGGCCACGGCCAGCUGUGUGCAGCCAGUGCUGGCCACCCUGGAACCCCACGUUGCUGCAGUGAGUGAGUAUGCUUCCAAGAGUUUGGAUAGAGUGGGGGAGAAGCUGCCACUCCUUCCAAAGCCAGUGGAACAGAUCCUCUGUGACACAAAGGAGCUGGUGUCAUCCAGAGUGGCUGAGGUGAAGGGGGCAGUGAGCAGCAGAGUGCAGGAGGUGCUGGAUGUCACCAGGGAGACCCUGCAGAGCAGCGAGGGGGAUGCCAGACCCGCAGUGAGCAGUGCAGCUGGGCUGGCUCUGCAGCCUGGGCUGGGACAGAGCAGUGUCUGUGGAGCAGAGGCUGUGCUGGGGACAGCAGGAGGUGACUCCCUCCCUGUUGGAAGUGAGGAGCCAGCCCAGCUGGCAGUGUGUGAGGAGGGCACAGAUGUGCUGCCCCAGGAGCAGAGGAGGUACUCUGUGCGCCUGGGCUCUCUCUUGGAGGAACUUCACCCCUUUGCCCACCCUCACUCCACAGCCAGGAUCAAGCAGGUCUGGCAGGGCAUGCAGGGGCCCCUGGCACAGCUCCACUGCAUCCUUGAGCUGGUUGAGGCAUUCAAGCAAGGAUUUAAUCAAAAGCUUCAGGAGGGGCAGGAGAAACUACAGCAGAUGUGGCUGGACUGGAGUAGGAAGUAUCUCGAGGAGAGUGGAGAUGAAAACCCUGCAGAGCCAGAGGAGAUGGAGUGUCUGACCCUGCUGAUGGCACGCAGGAUCACCCAGCAGCUGCACCUCAGCUGCUCUGGGCUGGUGGCUGCCAUCCAGGGCGUGCCCUGCAGCCUGCGGGACAGGCUCGAGCAGCCCCUCAGUGCCAUCAGGGAGCUGCAUGCUGCUUUCUCAGAGGCAAACUCCUUCCAGGAUCUGUCCAGCAGUGUCUUGAGCCAGAGCCAGAGGGAGCUGGCUGUGAUCCAGGAGUACAUGGAGGAGCUGCUGGAUUACCUGAAGAACAACACUCCUCUGUCCUGGCUGGUGGGACCCUUCUCCCCCAGGGGGGGUCAAUCCUCCCAGGAGAAGGCAGAGGCAGAAGGAGCUGGGCACCUGCAAGCCUCCAGCACCCCCAUGUAAGGGAUAAAACAACACUUGCUGUUGGCAUUAAACCUUCAGUAAGGGUAAAGUGUAAAGAAUUGUCUUCCUAAAAGCUGCUUGUA